GGACACUGUGCGAGCGAAGCUUACGUAAGCGGCCUGGCCCGCAGAUGCCCGAGGCGCGCGGCAAACGAACCUCGGACGUCUCGCCAACCAUAUACGGCGAGUCGGCGACGAGGCCGGACUGGGCCGGGGAGCGCUGGGAAAGUGGCCGAUAUUUCCCAAAUCGAAUGAUUUUUGGGCAGCCAAUGGGAGGGCGCGCAUCGAACAUUUCUACCUUUCGAGACUGCCGGCGAACGUAGGUUGUUGCGCAAAACCGGGUAGAGACGUCGUCUGCCUUCUGUGGUCAUCCCUGUCCUGUUCACGACCGACGACGACGAUCCCAGCCAUGGCGUUGCUCAAGGACCACGAGUCGAUGAAGGCGGCCAUGCCGUCCUACACUGGCGGCCCAUCCCACCGCGUCCCCACCGUCCCCUUCCUCGCCUCGUCCGAGACCGUCACAUGGUUCUACACGACCGUCGCCAUCGUCCUGGCCGUGCUUGCCCUCGAACAGUCCGUUUACCGUUACAAGAAGCGUCAUCUUCCCGGCGACAAAUGGACAAUACCCCUCAUCGGCAAGUUCGCGGACUCCAUGAAGCCCACCAUGGAGGGCUAUAUGAAGCAAUGGGACUCUGGCGCGCUGAGCGCUCUCAGUGUCUUCAACAUCUUCAUUGUCAUGGCCUCGACCAACGAAUUUUCGCGCAAGAUCCUCAACUCGCCCAACCAUGCCGAGCCCUGCCUUGUCCACUCCGCGAAGCAGAUCUUGCGGCCAGAUAACUGGGUCUUCCUUACCGGAAAGGUCCACGUCGAGUAUCGGAGGGUGCUGAAUGGCCUAUUCACGCGCAAGGCUCUCGGCGUGUACGUGGGUAUCCAGGACGCGAUCACGCGCAAGUACUUCAAGCAAUGGCUCGCGGACGCCGCUGAGGAUCCCUCGCCGAAGCCGAUCAUGAUGCGCGCGCGCGACCUCAACAUGGAGACCUCGCUCCGCGUCUUCUGCGGCCCGCACAUCCCCGACCACGCCGCGAAGGAGAUCGCAGACAAGUACUGGAUGAUCACCGUCGCGCUCGAGCUCGUCAACUUCCCGCUCGCAAUCCCCGGCACCAAGGUCUACCGCGCGAUCCAGGCCCGCAAGGUCGCGCUGCGCUGGCUCGAGCACGCAGCCGCGGAGAGCAAGAAGGCGAUGGCGGCCGGCGGCGACGCACAGUGCAUGCUCGACCAGUGGGUGCUUGACCUCGCGGAUCCAGAGUACAAGGGCCGCCGCGACUUCAGCGACCUCGAGAUGGCGAUGGUGGUCUUCUCCUUCCUGUUCGCGAGCCAGGACGCCAUGAGCAGUGGCCUGAUCUACGGCUUCCAGCACCUAGCGGACCACCCGGAGGUGCUCGCAAAGGUGCGCGAGGAGCAGGAGAGCGUGCGCGCAGGCAACUACGAGAAGCCGAUCACGCUUGAGAUGAUGGACAACAUGCCGUACCUCCGCGCGGUCGUGAAGGAGAGCUUGCGCGUGAAGCCGCCCGUGACGAUGGUGCCGUACAAGACGCUGAAGGCGUUCCCAAUCUCGAACGACUACACCGUCCCGGCGAACAGCAUGGUCAUCCCGUCGUUCUACAACUCGCUUCACGAUCCCGAGGUAUUCUCCGAGCCCGAUGAGUUCCUGCCCGAGCGCUGGCUCGACCCCAACGGCAGCGCGAACCAGAACCCAAGGAACUACCUCGUCUUCGGGAGCGGCCCGCACAAGUGCAUUGGCAUUGAGUACGCCGUGAUGAACAUUGCUAUCGUCCUCGCAGAUGCUGCAGUGCUCAUGGACUUUGAGCACGUCCGCACUGAGAAGAGCGAGAAGGUCCAGAUCAUCGCGACCCUCUUCCCUCAGGACGGUUGCCUCCUAAAAUUCUCGCCUCGUCAACAUUGAGCCUACAGACUCUCGUGCGGAUGGCUGUCAUACUUAUAUUCUCCAUAUUCAUUCUCCUUCGUUUUGUUCCCAGGGUCGUGGCGAAUACCCCUACCCUACAGUUAGCAGCAGUCGCCGAAUGGUGUAAUGAUCGUCAUGAAGAUGAGUUAAUGCAUUCAAGUACAAUGCGAAUAU